AUGACUGCUGAAAUCAUAAAAGACAUCUCCCAGCCCGACUCACCUGUCUCCUCAGCACCAGAAAACGGACAGCUGUUGUUCAUCCGAAGCGUCGCGUCCAGGAGGGACACGCAGACCACCAGCGGCAGUGCCAACCUCGAGGAGGGCAGCUCCCAGCCCCUGGUCUCCUCCUCAGCCACAGCUCAGCCUCAGUCUUACACCAUGACAUCGGGCGAAUUCAUGCAGUCCACCCCUCUGUUCGUGCAGAGGUCUAAUAAGAACCUGUUUUAUAAGAUCUUGUGUUUCCUCGUGCUCGUUCUCCAAGGAGGCAUGCUGGAUUUCUACCUCAUCAUCUUCACGGAUCUCUACUGGUGCUCGUGGAUAGCCACGGAUCUGGUGGUCAUAUCGGGAUGGGCGAUCUUCUUCAUGAAAAACGCCAGGAGUAAGCGAGAACGAGCUUGUGGUUUCCAUCAGAAGAGCUCCAUCUUUGGAUGCAACCUCGGGGAGUUCACCUUUGCGUACCUGGCAUGGCUUAUCUACGUGAUUGCGUCCACCCCAAAAGUGGUGCUCGUUCUGGAAACGUCCAUCCUGGAUCUGAUCGCCCUGAAGGUGCCAUUUGGCAUCACCGGGUUUAAAAUAACCAUGCUUCUGUGCGCGCCUUUGCUUUACUGCCUCAUCAACUCCAUCAUUGAAGAUCCCAACGGUGCCACGCGCUUUCACUCCCAAGGCUGCUUCAUGAGCACCUGCUUAGACAUCCUGGACAGCUUCACGCUGGUGGAACUGCUCCUUAAAAACGAAAUCCCCAACAUAUACCUUAGGUACACGGUUAUAUCUGUGUAUUUCAUCGCACUGGGCGUUCCAGUUGUUUGGCUUUACGAGUUGACGGCCUCAGAGAUGAACUGUCGCUGGAUAUGGGCGAGGUUCUUCACCGGCGUGCUGCUCAACGCACCGCUUUUGGUGGUCAGAUGUUUCCUCGUCUUUGUUUACAAAACGCCCAUAUCGGUUUUCAUGUUCAAGAACAUCUUCUUCUUGGGGUGUAAGUGCCUGGAGCUGGUUGAACAGUGCAUGUCCUUAAGAGGUGUCCGGAGGUUUGCACGUGGACGCGGGGGCAACACAGCCCAGUUCUCCCACUGCGUUUCCGAAAACGACAUGUGUCCUCACGGCUAUGUGAACACGCUGGCUGUCAAUACUCAGUCGUAGAUGCUCAUUGGGGACUGGUGUUGACCGGGGGCCACGUACUACACAGUGUGCAUCAGCCCUUUUAAGGGGAGGUACUACAGGUGCUAACAUUUAAUCAAAAUACAGAUAAAACACACUAACCAAUUAUUAAAAUGUAGCCUAUUGUAACGAUACUGUAAAUACGGAUUAUGAAGAG